GAAAGCAUGAGGUGGCUCCUGGGCAGCAGCUUGAAACACUUUGGACAUGCUGACAGGGGGAACUAUGACUGGCUAAACAGUGAACCGGGUGGGCCACUUCUGGAAACAGAGCUUCAGAGCAGACAGCAGACAAGUUCCACCAAAGACGACAUAGAGCCCUUUCUGUGUAUUAUCCUGCCUGCCACCAUGAUGCUCUUCCUGGCAUUCCUGCUGCUCUUCCUGUACCGCCGCUGCCAGCGCCCCGCUCCGCAGGGCCAGAUCUUCAGCAUCGACCUUCCCGAGGCCCUGCCCGAGCACGAUGGGCCCCACUUCCUCUCGGCCCUGCCCUGGAGCAGCGAGCAGAGCUUCCACUACUCCACGCUGGUCCCCGACGCCACCUUCCUCUCGGUGUGCCUGCCUCCGUCCUACGAGGAGGCCACCAUGAAGGCUUCCCUGGAGGAGGCUCGCGCUGAGGCCUCUCCAGACCCAGUGCCUCCCUACGAAGAGAGCAGCAGCACCAAGUGAACUUCCCACGGAAGGAGAACCUUAGCCGAAGCAUGCAGCACAAAGGUGGAACUGCUCUGGCCUUUAAGAUUGGUGAAACGGUUCCAAAUGAGGCACAAAACCAAUGAAUUUAUGAAGGAAGAAACUUGAAGCAACAGAGACUGCGUCUCUCUUCACCUCAUCCCAGGAUUCCCUACCUUCCAUUUGUGGCAUGUGUGCACACGGUGUGGCACCAAUCCAAUCCAGACUGGUAACGUGGGGAUUCUAGUUAACAAACAUGUCGCGCAAGGAUUAAACUUAAGGAAAGCUGGGAAGCUCUUCCUCUGUAAUCCCUCAGCUACAAUGAAAUGUCAAUAAUGCUAUAGAUUCAGCAAUCACAAAAAGGGCUUUUAGCACAUACAUAUUCCAGUUUGGGUUGUUGUU